CACUUUCUGUUGUCCGUAAACGAUGAUAUCGCAUUUCAGAAGGAAGAGAGAAAAUACGAUCUAGAGUGUUUUUAUUUUGGUUAAAUAGUUGACGGCUAAUUUGAGCAACGACUGACCCAAAUCAUUUCAAUCAAUCAUCUAUCGGGUGAUUCCACCAGAUCAAAGGUGCAGUCAUGUCAUCAGUUUUACUGGAGGAAAUAAGGAAGACCAACCGAGACGCAGCCCUUGUAUUGGAAAAUGCUGGUUUUCUCACUGAUUCGGAUAUUCAGUCACUGACUCGAGUCGAAUUGUACGAGCUGUUUCCUGAACCUGUGAAAAUCAAACUGAGAAGGACCAUCUUUGACAUAAUACACAAGCAGAGGCCAAUUGAUGUGCUCAUAAGAGACCUGAAAGAUUUCAUCCCACAUGAACCGUUCAGGGUUGCGCUAACUAACAAUGGGGUCUUGGUUGAAUACCUCCGUAUCCUGAAGGACAUGAAGACCCAGAUGAAUUAUGUCCAGAGUUUCCUUGAUGCUCACAUUGGUCUUCUGGAGGAAUUGAGCAAAAGUCAGCCAUACCAGGAAUCUGACAAAGACUGUUUGUCAGGUACAAGUACCUCAGACAACCAUCAUCCAGAGGACGUCUUCAGUGACCAAAGUGCUGGCCAUCCGCGCAGAUCUGAAAGGAAUUCCAUGUGUUCUCCACAGGACUUUCGGGAAGUGAAGUACCAGAAGAUUGUCACUGGUAAAACCUUUAAUGCCGAUGCACAGCUGAUGGACAAUGUGGGGGAUCAAGUUCAGGGUUGGGUUCAGCAUCGGUUCAUUGAAAGCAAUGAGGAUUACCAGAUCACUAUUGUCUUCUGCCCAAUCAGUUCACGCAUCGGCACAGAUGUUGAAGCAGCCAUGACUAAAGUUAAAGGUGGUAAACCUGUCAUUCUGGUGUUGAUGCACCACGUACAUGAGCCAAAGUACACAACCUCCAUGAGAACAUCGCAUGACAAUCCUGAACCUAAAGUUGUGCUGCAUGUCAACGUUUUCUACCAUGAGACAAUUCCUGGAUUACUGACGUGUCAACAAAAUAAUGAUGCUGUCUCUGAGAUACAAAAGAAAUUACUGGAGUACAGCAUUUUGAGAAGUCAAGAUAUAAGUGAAAAUGCCCUGUGUGGUGCUGAAAGUGGUAAAUCUAGUAGUACUGGUAGUAACGUCAGGGGUCCUGGUGGCAGUCGUAAAGGAGGGUUUUUGAGUUUUUGGUAAGUACUGUUGGCAGUGUGGUCUUGAUAUAUAUAUUUCAGUUCACAUCACAAGUAAAACAAUAUGUAAUGGAUUGCAUCAAUAGCAAAAAUAAAGCAGCAAAUUGAAUGAUUCAUUUACCGACUGCAGAAAACAUACACUUAUCCUUAUUGGUAAAAUCAUGUCAGAUACUGAUCCACAGAGUGGUGUUAUAAUGUCUAUGUUAUUAUUGUGUUAUUAGUAUAACUACCCAUGUUAAUCAUAAGUGUAAAUAAGUAAACACAAAGUUCUCUACACAUGUCCAGCUUUUCCUAAGUUACUUUAUGGCAGUUAUGGUUCAACUCUGUUGAGAAUUUUUUUUAUUAUCAUAGCAUUUGAUCUGCUAUUGGCCAUCAGACUUUAUGGAGCGUGUUGGUUUAAAGAAAGUUAAAAUGUAACCGUCUUAUAAUAAAACGCAGUUCCUAUAACCAAAUGUCCAGUGUUCAGUUCUGCAGUUCUGUGCAAUGGAUUUGUGCUUUGUAAUGAAAACAAGGAAAAGAAAAAAAGAACAAAGCCAGUGUUGUGUAGACACAGCUUUUACUGCUGUACUGCUGUUUGAUCUUUGUCAUUUUUUUUGAUUACUAGUGAGGAUGAUAUUUACAAUUUCUGAGUUUCUGUAUAUAUUUAAAUUUGAAGUAAGUAAUUAAAGACUAACUAGCCAAAGGAUAUACUUUGUGUAUUUAUUAAGGCCACAUACUAAAUAAAUAAUGCAAAAAUAAAGAUUACAAAAAAGGUAAUGUUGUACCUUACUGUAAAAUCAUGUUGCUGAAAGUUUAUAAGGUGUGAUGAUUAAUAUACCUAAUACUUUCAAUAAACUGCAAGUAUGGAUGUAA